AUGCAGCGUAACAAAGCUGCCAAGCGCCCGAAGCUCGACCCAGACGCGAAAGUGCUGGCGAAAAGCACUGAUCAACAAAAGCUGAAGCCUAUCCAUAUCGGCAUUGAUCAUGGCACGACGUAUACUCGAGUGAGGGUUUACUCCCCUAACUGGUCCAAAGAAAUGCGGGCCGAUAUCGUCAAAGAAAGUCACAUGCAUACAGCUGAGCUCGAUGCCACCCACGGCGUGGAGAGCCAUUAUGACACCUUUCCGGACUUCCCAGCCUUCAUAUGCCCUGAAAGAGACCCGCCCCUCUCCGGGUUUGCCGCAGAAAGGAAGCCCGAUCGUAUCCCGCUGAAGACGGCUGCUCUUCUGCUCGACCAGUCAAAAGACGUUGAUACAAACAAACCCCGGCAGAGCCUGUUGAAAAAGAUACCCUGCGGAAGGCAUCUCCUGAAACACAAGCACGAAGAGAAAUUCCACAGGCUUAUUGAACGUCUUUGGAAAGAGCACUUCCUCAACAUUCGAAAGCGGAUCGACGUAUACUGCGAUUUCAAAUACAGCCCGGUUUCGCUCACGCUGUCCAUGCCCAACUGGAUGAACGACGAAAGGGUAGACAAGAUCUACGAGUCCAUCAUAGCCGACGUAUUUAGUGACAUCAUACCAGCUUCGGGCAUCGAAUUCAUCGGCGAGGCGCAGGGCAUGGUCAGAUGCAUACACAAGGAGUUCAUCGAGGAGAAGUCCCGCCUCUCCGUCGAGAUCGGCAACCGUCACCAUAUCCUAGUCAUUGACAUCGGAGGCAGCGCCAUGAACGGCGCCCUGUGUCAAAUCGCAAGGGACGACAGCAACGCUGAUGCCAUUACUCACUGCGUCGAGGUCGACAGCUUCGGCUGUCCUGGCGGCAGUGAGCUGUGGCACAUGCAGAUCGGGGACGUCAUCGCCAGCAAGGAGGGAUACAACGUCGCAAGCGAGGAUUUGCAGAAGCUUAUGCAGCGAUUCCGGCAGCUGCAGGGAAGUUACGAGGACCCUUCCAAGGCCAUCCUCGUCGACGUCAAUGAUCGCAAUUAUCAUCUUUCAAACACUCAAGCUAAAGAGUCCUGGCGCAAAUCUUUCAAAGAUCCGAUCGAAAUGAUCGAGAGGAAGGUUGACGAGGCUGUCGAACGAGUUGGAGAUGCGGACCUGAUGGUGAUCUUUUCGGGUGGCUCUUUGAAGCUUGCGUAUCUCCAGAACCUGAUCAGAGGUUACAUGAAAAACAACCACCCAAACGUUCCUCUCAACUUUAUUCAGACGAGAGACGAUGUCACUAUUGCAGACAACACCGGCCUCAUCGCCCGUGGGUGUGCUUAUGCGAGGACAUUCAAGAGACCUGUACUCGAGGUGCUCGAUCGCAUGGCUCUUGGCGUACAAGACGGCUCGCCCAUCAAACAUGGCAGCAAUGAGUGGCACUGGUUGGGAGAUGUCAAAGUGCUGCAUCACAAGGCAACUGCCGGCGUCACGGGCUCGUGCACACUCAACAGGCGCACCGCGAUCAAGAAGAUCGGGCUCAGGAUCAUCGCGGACCCCCAGUUCCAAAGCCUGCGCGCCGGCGACGAAGUGCUCAACUUCCAAAACUGUUACGACCUAUACUCGGUCCCUGCGUCGGAUCUCGAGACCCCAGGCGAAUACACCUUCCAGGUUUCCCGCAUCGCACCUCUGCUCAUCGACGAGAGGCACAAGCUCAAGCUGGAUCUCGAAUGCGUCUAUCUCGACAAAGGCCAGGGCAUCGCCAUGCGCAAGACGCGGAGCUACAUGCUGCCGCUGUACUUCCACAUCGGUACCUGCUGCGUGCUGCCCAAGGAGGACGAGGUGGAGAUUUCGGACUGGGUCUAUGCGUUGGCACAACCUCAGCCGAUCAAGGUCUUUGAUGAGAAUCUGAUUUUCAUUGAUCAAGGGGAGAUUUGA